AUGGUGCCAAAGAAAGUAAAUAAUUCUUAAAUAAAAGCUUUAUCAAUUUGCAAAGAUAAAAAUCCCACAUGGCAAGGAGACAAAGAUAGGUUUAUUGCACCAGACAACUAUGGAAAUAGGUCAGAUACAUGUUUUCUGGAAAUUCUUGAUAGCUGUCACAGUGUGACAGCUGCAGAAACAGUUGCAGCAGAGCUUCCACUUUUAUUUCUUGAUCAGCUUUCUCAAAUAGAUUCCUCCUACAAAAAUAAAAAGGACAAAGUGCAAAUUGUAGAUUUUCUUUUUCCCACAGUAAUCAAGGCAGAUUGCAGGGAAAAAGAGAAGAUAUUUUCUGACAAACCAGGCAAUGACGAGACCAAGAAGAUCAGUCCUUACAAAUAGAUUCACAGAGAGUAUGCCAAGUCCUUUAGGAGAAUGCAGAGAUUUUUACAACUGGGAAGAAAUCAGGUUUCCAAAGCUCACUGGAGUGGCUGUUCAGUGGCUACCUGUUUGGUGGAAAGCAUUCCCAACAAAGAGACAGAUGGCACUGAGGUAGAAGAAAGAAAACAUUCUUAAAAUAACACACAUGGUCCAUUAGGCAAAGGUGUUGCUGGACCACUGUACUUUGCUAUUUAUAGCACUAAUACUUACCUGAGAACUACAAGGGCUCCUGGAUAUCACAGAGAUGCAACAAAAAGACCAUCUGUUAUACCUGUAACUCAUAUCUGUACCUAUCAGUUUCUUAUUUUGGCUUCUAAAGGGUUUUGGGAGGUUUUGGAUUACAAUGAAGUACUGGCACCACCUCUAACAACAUCCACUUCUUAUUUGAGAAUGGAUGAAUGGUGUUCAACGAAACAGGACUUCUCCGUGUUGGGUUCUAAACCACCACUGUUUGAAAAAGAUACAAAAAUGCACCCAUCCAAUUGCAAAUCAUCAGCUGCAGGAAGAGGCACAGUCAGCUCUGAAUACUACAAAAAUGCAACAAGCUACAUUAGGGAAAAACUGGCAAAGACUGCAUUAGCUUCAGGUUCAAGAGAUAAUAUUACUAUUUUGAUUGUAUUUCUAUAUGGUUGUGAUAAGAUACCCAAUUACCUCAACAUUUAA